AACCCACCCUAAAUUAUACGGAGCAAGUAGUAGUAGGACUACGGAAUAGCAGAAGACCAUGAAAAGUUACUCAUGGUGGGGUGGCAAGUCAUGAACUCGUAAAAUCUCUCCCGCCAAGAGAUUAGGGUGGGUUUUCCCGGUCUCAUAACCAAUUAUCAAAAAAUGGAAAGACCCAGUUUACACAGAUUUCAUGCCAUAAUGUCAAUGGCUUCAAACACUUUCUCAGCUAUUCACUCUCUUUCGUUGGAAGAGUCUGGGCCAGCAAUUUGAGGUUCAAACUCAGCCAUGCUCUCCCUAAGCUAUUCUACAUUUCUUCUGAGAAUGAUUGAGUGAAACAUAAACAAAGUUCUAAAAUAGGAUUGGGAGGAUUGCUUCUGAACGUGCUGUAAUAUCUGAAUUUAUUGGAUUAUUGGAGAAAGAGAGACUGGGACACUAUUUAUUCAGACACCACACAUUGUUUUAAAACUUGUUUUAAGUUGUUCAUGAGGAACAACUAACAGAUGUAUAUACAUUGCCAGGACCUCUUACUGGCUCGCGGAGAAGAGGGUUAAAGUUUCGACAUUCUGUCCCUACACCAAAAUGAAAAUAUGCACAUUGUUUAGGCUUUUGACAGCUCAGAGAUGUAAGUACAUUGGAUUUCUCAUUCAUGCACAUUGCACAAAAAGUGUUUUUAGUCGUAAGAGUAAGGGGGUGACAGAAUACAGGUUAGAUCCACAUCAGAGUCUAAAGCUCUUUUAUUGCCUUCUCCCUUGAGCAGCAGAAGCAAUUGUUCAAAGCAGUUAAACAUUGAGGCAAUCGAACAAUCAUUACCAUUUAUUUUAAAUAAUACAAAAACUCAAUGUUUUACUGAUAAGUUAAUUCUCAUCUUUGUAAGUUAUUAUAAAAGUACAGCUCAUUGUUCUUAUAUGAAUUUGAUCAUGAGCAGUAAAAUUUGUAGUUUCACUGUUUUAUUGAAACGAGAACAUUUUUGGCGUGUUGCUCUUUCCCAUCCUCUUUUAUACGUGUGAUGAAAUGUCAUUUUAAAAUAUAUUUUAAAACUUGUCAAUAGCUUUGAUGUCAUUACUAAAUUUAUCCAGAUUUGAAACAUGGUUAUUUUAGUAAUUAAUUCAAUAUCUGAAAUGCGGUCGUUAAAACCAAAUCCAUUGAUGAAAAAGAAAAUUUACGCCAAUGCAGAAAAGGAAAAUUUCAAUAAAUUAAAACAGGAAAUAUAUUAAUAUGCAUUGAAUUACCUGUCAAAUUCAAGCGGGUUUUGAAUUUAACCAUGGUUGGGUAGUGUAACACCCCGCCCUGUAGGACCCGAGGUAGUUACUUCUGACCUCUUCGGACCUCUAGUACUGCCCUCACAAACCGGCACUAGCCUUUUCCGUGCACUUUGUCCUCACUCGUGCGUGCCCUGAGCAACUUCCCAGGGUGUCACUCAUCCCAAGACUACUCCCGCGCAAGCAUGCUUAACUUUGGAGUUCUUGGGUGAUGAGCUCCCUUAACCUCUGUUGGUAUGAGUAGUACUAUUAAUCCUUUUAAAUUAAUCUCAAGUGUUACAAUCACCCCCACUUAGGACCGCAACGUCCUCGUUGCGCCCAUAAACCAAUCUCAAUCAUAUCCCAGAAUCUUUUCCCCUGCUAAGUGCCCGCUCGAUAUCCAACAGAUCAACACACUGUCGCAGGGUUGCUCUGAUACCAUUUGUAACACCCCGCCCCUUAGGACCCGAGGUAGUUACUCCUACACACCCUCCGGACCUCUAGUACUGACCUCAAGUGUUAGAGGUAGCCUCCCCAAGAUGACAAAAUAAAAAGUUUGGCUACAGUUCCCGAUAAAACCGCCCAAAAACAUGAAAAUAAACUCGUCUUUAUUUUAUUAUAUAACAGCUGUUAUCCUAUGCAUUAGCAUAUUUUCUAACUCUUCAAGGCUUUCACAAAUAUUCUCUAAUCCUCUUUCUGUUCAACAAAACUGGUUGAACCAUUUAUAUGAGGGUGAAAUUGAAGAACAGUUACUCACUUUAAGCGGUGUUACAUUACUCAAAGCGAUCGAUGUACAGGUUUCAAAAUUUUGGGUGCUGAAAUUCGAUUUAUUUACAGACCAAGAGGUUUAAGCAUCUUACGUGUUCCAAACAUAGCCUUAGUCUCUCCAACCAAGUCCUUAAUCAGAAAUGGAAUGCUAUAAAGGGGAAGCCUUCAGGGCAAAAGAACUUGCAGAAAAGAAGGUGUUAGAAAAGGACUUUGCUGGAGCCCGAGUGUCGGCACUGAAAGCCCAAAACCUGUUUCCUGGCCUUAAUGGUCUGAGCGAACUUCUUGACGUGAUCAACAUCUAUGUCAACUUUGAAAAGACCACCAAUGGCGAAGUUGACUGGUAUGCUGUCCUUGGAGUUGAUGAUGAGAAACUGAGAAGAUAUUGCGCAAAAAUUGCUACAUCAGUACACCCAGACUACAACCACUCUUGUGGGGCAAACGGUGCGUUCAGGAUAAUCAUGCAAGCAUGGAGUAUGUUUGCAGAUCAUGCUAAGAGAGCUACUUAUGAUAGACGACGGCGAAGGCUUGCUAUGGUGACUUCUCGGAACGUCUUCCGCAAAUAUCAUGCUACCAGUAAGGUCCAACUGACAUCCACUCCACCACAACCACCAAUGCUAUGCUUGCCCGGGAGAAACACUUUUUGGACUAAAUGCAGUUGGUGCAACAUGCAAUUCCAAUACUCAACAGUCUACCUCCACAAACUUCUUAUAUGUGUCCGCUGCCAUUCGUCCUUUUGGGCAACUGAGGAAAGAUCAGUUUGUGGUCAGGCAUUCCCAAGCUACCCUUCUUCUGAGGCUAAAUUCUUUCCAACUCCUUCACUUAUGAGGGAAACACCGCCUGUGAUGUUUCCUGAGCUCAAUGUAAUAAGCUGUCCUAAUAUUUGCGACCGUGCUAGUAAUGGUUCUGCAACAGUGCCUUCUUCUGCUCAAGCAAAUGCAAAGGCUUUGAACAGAAAGAGAAGGGUGGAUGAAUGGAAGUUGAGUAUUGACAGAAAAAGAAGGAUGAUGACUCAAAUUAGGGUGACUUCAACAGCUGGAACUUCUAGCAAACGCAAUGAUAAAACAAAAACUUCCAAACAGAAAUUAUCUCACUCAGAUGUGCAUAAUGUGUUGAUAGGGAAGGCCGUAUUGGAAAUAAAAAAGAAGUUGGAUGAAUGGAAAGCGACUAAUGAUGAAGGUUGAGAGAAAGACGACACUGGCAUGAAGAAUGAGGUUCUUCAUACAGAACCAGAAAAUCUUCUUGAGACGAUGACCGUUCCGGAUUCAGAGUUUCAUGAUUUUGAUAAGGAUAGAAUGGAAGACUCGUUUGAGGAUAAUGAAGUCUGGGCUGUAUAUGACUGUGAUGACGGAAUGCCCAGGUACUAUGCCAUGAUUAAGAAGGUGGUGUCUAGAAGACCGUUCAAGGCAUCCAUCAGUUGGUUGAACUCCAAGAGCAACAGUGAACUAGGACAGAUGAAGUGGGCAGUUUCAGGAUUUACAAAGACCAGUGGGGAUUUCUGGAUAGGCAAGUCUAUGCUCAAUGCUUCAGUCAACAAUUUCUCCCACCAGGUUAACUGGAUAAAGGGCUCCCGGGGAGUCUUCAAAAUCUACCCAUGUAAAGGGGAUGUUUGGGCUCUAUACAGUGAAUGGUCACCCGAAUGGAAUGAGUUCACCGCUAACAGUGUGGUUCACAAGUAUGAAACAGUUCAAAUCCUUGAAGAGUUCAACGAGGAUGGAGUUGCUAGAGUUGUCCCAUUGGUCAAAGUGCGUGGCUACAGAUCAGUGUUUAAGCAGCAUGAGGACCCCAGCAAAAUCCAGUCCAUCCCAAAAGAAGAGAUUUUUAGACUAUCUCACCAAAUCCUGAAGUAUGUCAUAACUGGUUUGGAAGGUCCAAAUGCUCCCUCUGGGAGGUUUCUUGAACUCGACCCUGCUGCUCUGCCACCAGAACUUCUCCAAGUCAUUGAUGAUGAUAAAGAGAUAGAAGCAGAAAUGCGAACAAAUGCUCAAGAGUCCGAGGUUGUUGACAACCGCUUUCGUUUGACAUAUUUUAGAAAACGGAAAAGAGUAAUCAGCUGUAAUAUUCAAUAUUAAGACUGACCAAUGAGAUCAUGCCACCUUGUUUAUUAUCAAAGGGAACCAAUCAAGCCUCUUUGUAAUGCCAAUCAAGCUCAGGUACAUAUAUAGAACAGUGAUGAACUGAUAAAUCUUUAUGUCAGGUGCCCAUGAAAUUUCGAUAGAAAAUACCUUAAAAUUAUACUGCAUAUAUAAAAGUUUUGUUUCUAAGUGCCUAUGUAGUGUAACGCGUAUCAGACAACAGUAUAGGAUGCUCGUAAGUCGUACACAUUUCAUUUUUAUUCAGUUUCUAAGAAUGAAAGUUAGUAUUGGAUUUCUUGUAUAUUAUGUUUGGAUAAUAUUUUUGCAUUGGAAUAAAAAUGCUUUAUCAUAUAUAUAUGCUCAUAGUUUGCUUGUGCUUAUGUUUGAAUCAUAUACUCCGUAUAUAGAUGCAGAUAAGUGGUCAAACUGUUGGAUUAGAGUUUCAAUUCACUUUCCAUACGUAGUACAAUUUAAUCAUAUUAUGUCUAGAUCAUAUAUGUGUCAGGUUUACUGCUCAAUUAUAAUAGGGUUCACAAAGAAAGCCAGAACUAGCUUCUCUCUAUUUCUACAAUCUAACUACUAAGUAAAUAGAAUGUGAUGAUGAGCAUUACAAUAUUUCUAUGUAUAGGCCAAGUAUGACAUAUUUCGGGAUUUGGUGAGAUAGUCUAAAAAUCUCUUCCGGAUUUUGCUGGGGUCCUCAUGCUGCUUAAACACUGAUCUGUAGCCAUGCACUGAUCAACAGGACAACUCUAGCAACCCCAUCUUCGUUGAACUCUUCAAGGAUUUGAACUGUUUCAUACUUGUGAACCACACUGUUAGUGGUGAACUCAUUCCAUUCGAGCGACCAUUCGCUGUAUAGAGCCCAAACAUCCCCUUUACAUGGGUAGAUUUUGAUGACUCCUGGGAACCCUUUGUCCUGUUAACCUGGUGGGAGAAAUUGUUGACUGAAGUAUAGAGCAUAGACUUGCCUAUCCAGAAAUCUCCACUAGUCUUUGCAAAUCCUGAAACUACCCACUUCAUUUGUCCAAGUUCACUGUUGUUCUCGGAGAUCCCAUCUGAUGGAUGCCUUGAACGGCUUCUAGACACCACCUUCUUGAUCAUGGCAUAAUACCUGUAAUUUCUAGAAUUGUUUUUUACAACAAUUAUGGGCCAAAGUAUUUCAUCAGUAGUCUUUCCACUUUUAGUCCUUUUUUUAUUGUGACAUCUACGUUUUUGGUACUUUUUUUUAAUUUUCCCACAAUAGUUGGAGGACCAAAAUGUUAUUAUCUUAAUAGUUAGAGGAUUAAAAGUGAAAAUAAAAAAUUGAUUCCUAAAGCAUCUCGAUCAUUAAAUGUGAAAAACAAUUGAAUGGAUGCUAAAAGCUAAGUGUCAUUGCCACAAUAGUCAAAGAUCUAAAAGUGAAAAAACUCUUAAUCAGGAAGAAAUGUGAAGCUAAUAAACAGUCUCAACCAGUAAAGUUUGAAAUUUUUAUAAAUCUAGACCUCAGAUCAAUCUUCUUUCUUUAUCAUAAUUUGUUCGAGCUAGUUUAUCAUGCAACUUCACUUAUGUCAAUAUGCUUUGUUAUCUAUUUGAAGUUGCAUUGUGGUUUUUCCUGAUGCCUAAUUGUAAACUCUAGCCAUGAAUAUAAUUGCACUUCCUUACAAUAAUUGCACUUCACUUAGUGGAUUAUUGAAGAAAACGAGUCUGGGACAUUAUUCUUUCAGAAACCAAACAUUCUUUGAUUUUUGAAACUAGUUUAAGUUGUUCUUGAGGAACAACUAAGAGAUGUAUUUAGAUUACCACGUUUUGCUGGGUUGUCAUUUAAAUAUUCAAUGUACAUCUUAUCUGUAAAACCAUGAUUCAUGACAUACCAAGUGUAUGUGCUCACAGUUUAAGAAAUGGAUUCUCCAACAAUUUGAGAGAUUUCAUAUAAUCAAAAUGAAAAUGCAGAUUGCAGAAUGACAUUUAUCUGAUUGAUCAUGAACCUCUUUCAUCAUUUCGUGGUACAUUUUUUAUAGAAGAUUGUAUUUCCUGUUUAUCGGCCAUAUUUUCUACCAAGCACUAUUUUAUUUUACUAUACUGGUUGAAUCAGGUCAUGAAAUGAAAGAAAAUGAUACCUUUACCCUUAUUUUUGAAAAAUGAUCAUUUUUACCAACAUUAUGUUCAGAUAUCAUU